UUCCGUACAACUCCAACGAAGAAGACCGUAGUCUACUAUCAAAUACUCACAAUCGCUUUCUUUCCAACCACGAGCGAGUGGGUCACAAGUACGUUGAUAUAUACAAACCACCGACCUGUCUUGUGAAAUGAGUUGCAGACAGGUGUAUGAUACGUGGCAAAAAUAAUAUUGACGAGGUUUGCCUGUUUGUUCAAUUUACUGCUGUCAGGCGCGAAACCCCCAAAUUCUGUUUGACAGCUGUUUUUGAGGAGGAACAAUCUGCGUGUGAUUUCACAGUUGAGUCAUCACCGUUUGGACGCUGGGACUUGGAGAAAUGGCAAAACGAAACACUUUAUUUAUCAGAAUUGUGGAGGGGAAAAAUUUGCCAAUUAAGGACAUAACUGGAAGCAGUGAUCCAUAUUGCAUCGUGAGGAUUGACAAUGAGGCCAUCAUUAGGACGGCUACGAUAUGGAAGACGCUCUCUCCCUUCUGGGGGGAGGAGUAUAACGUUCACCUGCCCCCGUCCUUCCAUACCAUCUCCUUCCAUGUGCUGGAUGAGGACUCUCUGAGCCGUGAUGACGUCAUCGGGAAGGUAUCCAUCAAUAAGGAAGCCUUUGCUGCCAAACCACAAGGGCUGGACGGCUGGGUGAACCUAACUGAGAUUGACCCAGAUGAGGAGGUGCAAGGGGAGAUUCACCUCCAGAUAUCAGUGUUAGGGGACGUCCCCAGAAUACUGCGCUGCCAAGUACUGGAGGCCAGAGACCUUGCAAAAAAGGAUCGCAAUGGAGCGUCGGACCCUUUUGUCAGAGUACAAUACAACUGCAAAACCUACGAAAGUGCGGUGGUCAAGAAGUCCUGUUAUCCGCGCUGGAACGAGAGCUUUGAGUUUGAGCUGGACGAUGCUCCCCUGGACACCCCUCUGAGUGUUGAGGUGUGGGAUUGGGACCUGGUCAGCAAGAAUGACUUCCUGGGAAAGGUUUUGUUCAACAUCCACAGAUUGCAGUCAGCACACCAGGAGGAGGGCUGGUUUCGCCUGGUCCCUGAUAAGCCCAAACAUAGUCAGCAUGAGGGCAGUCUAGGAUCUCUGCGCCUGCAGCUGCGCUUCCGAGAUGAGACGGUCCUGCCCUCCGGCCACUACCAACCACUUACGGAGCUGCUGUGCCAAUCCGUGGGCCCCCAUCUUAAUGGCAAUUGGCCAGAUUUGAUCAUGCUCAUCGAUGAGACCACUACAGCUGAGAGUCGACAGGAAGUGGCCUCCAACCUGGUGAAGCUCUUCCUGGGUCAGGGAUUGGCCAAGGAGUUCCUUGAUGUUCUCUUCAAGCUGGAGUUGGACAAGACUAGUGAACCCAACACCUUGUUUCGCAGCAACUCCUUGGCAUCGAAGUCCAUGGAGUCAUUUUUAAAGGUGGCAGGCAUGCAGUAUCUGCACAGGCUUCUGGGCCCCUUGAUCAACAGGAUCUUUGAGGAGAAGAAGUAUGUAGAGCUGGACCCUAACAAAGUGGAGUUGAAGGAGGCUGGGUGUACGGGCCUCCACCGGGUGCACACUGAGGCUGAGGUGAUCCAGCAGAGCACCAGCCUCCUGCAGUCCUACCUUUCUGAGUUGCUCCAUGCGAUCGUCCAGUCAGCCUCCUACUGCCCUGUUGCACUCUGCCAGGCCUUCCAACAGCUCUACCAGUGCGUCAACAAGCGCUUUCCUGAGCCUGAGUAUAGGAAGGUGAAGUUUAUAGCCGUGACCAGUUUCCUGUGUCUGCGCUUCAUCUCUCCGGCUAUCAUGUCCCCCAAGCUUUUCCACCUCCGGGAGAAACAUGCGGAUGCCCGCACCAGUCGCACACUGCUGCUACUGGCUAAGGCCAUUCAGACCAUUGGCAACCUGGACACUCUGACCUGCUGUUCCAAAGAGCCCUGGAUGGUGCCACUGCAGCCAGCCAUCCAGCUGGGUAUCACCCAGCUCAAAGACUUCAUCAUUAGACUGGUCAGCUGUGACAACUCUGAAGACCUGGGCCUGCAGCAGAGGAUGAGUCUCCAGUGUGGCUCCAUGGAGAAGGAGGGCUUCAUUCUCCUACACAGGACCAAGGACAAGAGCAUGCUGAUGACAUCACCUUUUAAGAAGUACUACGUCACCCUCAGCAAAGACACCCUGUCUUACGCCCGGACCCAGCACUCCAAGAAGAGCUCCUUCAUCUCCCUGCCCAGGAUCCGAGCAGUGGAGAAGGUGGAGGAGAAGAGCUUUGGCAGUGCCAACGUCAUGCAGAUCAUCUCCAGCCGAGACAAUGGCCUGGUGGAGACACUGUACCUGGACUGUAAGAGUGUGAAUGAGCUGAAUCAGUGGCUCUCGGCCCUGAGAAAAGCCUGCAGCCACAACACAGACACUAUGAGCUCCUACCACCCAGGGAUAUACAAAGGAGAUCGAUGGAGCUGCUGCCACCAGAAGGACAAAGCAGACCCAGGAUGUGACAAGACCAAACACGGGGUGACGUUACAGGAGUGGUACGAUCCCCUCGACCCAGAUCUGGAAUCCCAGCUCAUCUAUCGACACCUUAUUGGAGUCCGACAAGCUUUGAGGAAAAGAUACCAAGAGAUGAUCAAGCCAGAAGACGAGGAUGACAGGGAGACUUUGGAAGGUGAGAAGAAGCUGGAUGGGAUCACAAGGUUGUUCAGUGUCCUACAGGACCUGCAGAACUCCCACACUGCAGUGGAGGAGGAGGAGAGGUUAAAGAAUAGGAACUUUCUCCUGGAGCUGCAAACGUAACAGAAUGUCAAUGCAACCGGCAGUUCUCAGGCCUAGUGUCCCAAAUGGCACCCUAAUCCCCUCUAUAGUGCACUACUUGUGACAAGGGCACAUAGGGUAAAUGCGCUAUAAAGGGACAGAGCCCUAGUCUCAAUGUUACUCCUUUUACUCAGCUCUUGACAUUAAUUAAUUUUGACUUGUCCUUGUCAAGAAAACCUGUAUGGAACAUCAGUGAAGACAUUUUGGUCAUUACACCAUGUUCAUCAUAAACUUCUUCUUGUAGAUGAGUUGUUGGGCGAUGUUCUGCUCUUCAUAUUAACUUCACAGGUCUACCAGCAACAUCCCUUUAAGAAGCACUGAUGGGGACUGGAUUUUGUUAUGUGUUUGACAUUGGGUUUGAGGUUCAACAACCCCACCCCCCAUACAUAGUGCAGGUGUAACGGUUAUGAAUGUAUGGUAAAUAUUACCCAUGGAAAUUUUAACAUGAUAUUUUAACAAUGGGUUUAUACUGUACAUGAAUAAUGCAGCGAUAGUAAAGAGUAGAUUGAGACCAAGAGCAGUAUUGCUGAAGUAUUUGUAAAGUAAUCAGCCUAUUGAAAGCAUAUCAACUGAUGGCAACACUGACAUUCUGAAUAUCAAUAGAGUAGCGCUCUCUCCAUGAGGGUGCAUCUUCUUUUUCUGUGGUUGUUUAUUAAUUUCUUUGUUAAGCGUGAUUUAAUUGUUCAUGCACCAUUGUCACAGGAGUUUAAUUUAUUGUCAGAAAAUUGAAAGUUCAAAAAUUCAAUUUUUUUUUGUCUUACUUGUGAAUCUGUAAUGUUCCCAAAUCUUUCUUACAGGCUUUUAAUGCCAUGGGCUACAUCUGUGUUUUGUUGUUGUGUGUUCUAUGUGCCAUUUCAAAGUGACUAUGUGCUUGAAAUACUGUAAAGAACAAACUGGCGUAACAGCGUUGUCAAGAUCUAAUGUAAACAGACUUUUGACAUGCACAAAGAAUUUACAGACAAGGGGCAAAAUGCAUACCAAAAUACAUUUAUGUAUAAAUAUAAUAAUGCAUGUAUUAACUGAGAAUGAAUAGACAGACCUCUGAAAGAUUAGUCUCAUACGUUCUCAGAAAUGUGUUGUGGAAUAUAUUCGAAAACCUUUGUUGCAUUCAGUGUAAAUUCUAACCUUUUUAUGUGUAAGGUUUUUAUUGUAUGUCAAUGUGUGUGUGUUAUUUUAAAUAUUGUAAAUUUUUAUAUAUUGAGCAUUUGAGUUUGCAUUUUCUAUCUGUUUUGCCAUGUGAAUGUAAAAUGUUCAACCAUUAAAAUAGGUUAUUGUUAUUAACCAC